CGCAACUAGAACGGAAUAAAAUUAGUUCGUAACCGUCGGGUAGUUAAUAUAGGAGUACCCGAGAAAUCAAUUGACCGUCCGGAAAACCCAACGGUCGUCUAGUGAAAAAGUGGCUAGUGAAUGAAAUUCAGUGAAAGAAAUUCACAGUGGGUGCUAGUCUAUUAUGAUAAAAUCAACAGACCUAUAACAUAACCAGUAGCCGUUAAACAGCCAAAACAAUGAUGACCGAUGUGGAACACUUAUGCGGCAUAGUGAUAUUAGCUGUCGUCUUCUACUAUUACCUAAUCUGGAAUUACGAUUUCUGGAAAAAGCGUGGCAUACCCGGACCAAAACCUCGGCUGUUUUUCGGUACAAACAAGGAUUUAAUCCUUGCAAGAGUUACCGCGGGGAAAGUAGUACAGGAUACUUACAUAAAAUAUAGAAAUGCUCCAGCGAUUGGUCUGUACGACGGCAGAUCACCUAUUCUCGUUCUACAUGAUCCAGAACUUAUAAAAACGGUCCUGAUAAAAGAUUUUCCCAAGUUCGCAGAACGUCCGCACAGAUCUCAUGAAAGGACAGAACCCUUUACCCUAGACUUAUUUCAUUUGGAGAUGGAAAGAUGGCGACGGUUAAGAUCGAAGCAAUCUCCAAUGUUUUCACCUGGGAAAUUGAGAGGCAUGUUUGAACUAAUGAUAAAAUGUUCGGAGAAGUUGGAAAAAUAUUUGGAUCGCACAGUCUCAAGGAAUGAAGUAGUUGAAAUUCGUGAUGUGACUACGAAGUUCGCGGCCGACGUGAUCGGCAGUUGCGCAUUCGGGAUUGACACGAACACCUUGUGUCCGGAGGACACCGAGUUCUAUCGAUUGAGCAAACUUGUCACCGGCCACAGCCUUGAGAGAACAGUACGAUUCAAGCUGAGAGUGUUUCUGCCAAGGUUAUACGAUUUACUCGGAUUCGUGUGGCCUGACAAGAAGCUGUCCCCCUUCUUCAUAAAGAUUGUCAGGGAAACGACAAGCUACAGGAAGAAGAACAACGUCUAUAGACCUGACUUCAUUCAAAUGCUCAUGGAACUUCAGGAAUCUCUAAAAAAUCAGUCCGAUUUUGAAUUUUCAGACACAAUGCUUAUGGCUCAAUGUGCUGCGUUUUUUGGGGCCGGUUUGGAUACAGUAUCAUCAACUUUGAACUGGACUCUUCUCGAAUUAGCUUUGAAUACCGACAUCCAAGAAAAGUUGCGUGAAGAAAUGAAGGAAUAUAUGGAAAAAUACAAUGGUGAAAUCACCUAUGAAACUAUGAAAGAGAUGGUGUACCUGAAUAAAGUAUUCCAAGAAAUAUUGAGGAAACAUACAGUAGCGCCGCUAUUAUUACGAGUAGCAACUUCUGAUUACUAUUUCGAGAGUUUGAAAUUCUCAAUACCAAAAUCAACCCAAAUAUGGAUUCCACUAUUUGCACUGCUCAGAGAUCCUGUCGUUUAUCCAAAUCCAACAAAAUUCGAUCCUGAAAGGUUCACUACAGAAGCUGUAGCAGCUCGACACCCUAUGCACUAUAUACCCUUUGGCAGCGGGCCAAGAAAUUGCAUUGGUAGCCGUUUCGGAACAUUCGAAACGAAACUCGCUCUGCUCAAGAUACUUCUACGCUACAAAGUGAACAUCUGUGAACAAACUAAUCUUCCGUACGAAUACGAUACCGGCGCGAUUAACCUGGUUUACAAGGGGGAACUAUACUUAAAGAUGACAGCAAUUAAACAAUGAUAUGACAACAAUAAUCCGAUCAUGGAUUAGUGUGAAAUAAAGUUUAAACAAUGUAAAAUAAAAACGAUUGUAUUACCAAGACUAUUAAAAUUAAUGACAAUAUAAA